AUGUGUGGUCCUUUAAUAUUUCAGCUCAAUUCUGUGGCUCUGGCACCAGACUUCCUCAACAGCCCAGGCCACCAAUUCACAACGACUACCUCCGCGGACGAUGCCUCGCUUGCCACCGCCGAAGAUGUUGCUGCUGUGUCAGUGGAUGUAGCUCUGGCAGCGGCCGAUCCGGCCAUUGUACGCGAGGAGACCAAAAAUAAGAAGUUGGAUGAGGGCGACCUGGCGUUUGGCGAUGAGGGCGAAGAAGAAGAGGGCUCUGGAGACCUGGGAGAGGCCUUCUUCAAUGCUAAUGACGAAUUCGCAUCCGAAAACGAGGCUUCCACUUCGGAGUCCUCUGUCGCCUUCGAGCACCCCUCCUCCUCCCUGGCGGGUGAUAGGAUCGACGCAGAAGGUGCAAAGACUGCUGAUGUGGACCCCGGGGAUGCAGAGUCACAGGACUCCGAGACACCCUUUGUUACCCCACGCGGUGGCAGCCAUCAUCCUGGACUCUCCGAUCAGUCGGAGAGUGAGGAAGCGGAUGCGGAGAAGGAAGAAGAAGACCGAGUGGUCCCAACGCCACAACGAGCGCCCCCUUCACGCAAGGUUCCUGUGACCUUCUAUGACUCCAUGCCUACAAUAAGCCUGCCGCCGGGCCACCUACCCCUCUACGCCUCCUGGGCCAUCCAUACACUGGGAAAACCUCAACUUGAAGAUGCCCGAUUCAAUCGUCAGUGCAGAGAAGAUGGCCCUGGAAGUACCAUUCUUCAAAGUUACACAAUGUCUUCUUCUCUUGAUACUCCCUCACAUCCCAGUGAACUCUCGCAAAUCACACAGCGACAGUUGCGCAUCAAGAAUGUGCGGAGGAUAACACACCUGCAAGAAAUGCACCGGAUUGAAUCCACUGUUUCGCCUACCCUGGAUUUCUCCGUGGCAGCAAUUUUCUCCUGCCUUGGGAUGUUCAACUUUCACGGACUACAAACUGGCAGAGCUCGGAUCGAGGUGGUCGUGGCGGUCGGAGUAAGGGCCGACAACGAGGUGUGUGCCCUCCACCCUAUCCUCCCUUUCAUGACGGACCGUAGUGCCGUUCGCUGGUUAUCUUUUAGCCUCGACUUCCCUGUCCUUGAUCGGUCCGUCUGCUCGCUCAUCGAAAUGACACCGUCUGGAGCCUGCUCCCAUAUUGACCCUCUGCCCUCGUAA